CUUGCUCGCGCGACUUGACGUCCGUCCCCUGCGAGUGAAAAAGACAGCCGAAGAUGCCGGACGAGAGCAAGCAGGGCAAGACGCUGUCCGACUACAUCGAUCUCAUACAUUACUCCGAACGAUAUAGCGACGACACGCACGAAUACAGACAUGUCAUCUUGCCAAAAGGACUCCUGAAGAUGCUACCGAAGCAUAUGUUCUCAAGUGAAGAUUCGGGCGUGCUAAGGAUACUGACCGAGCAAGAGUGGAGGGGAAUUGGCAUAACGCAGAGCUUAGGCUGGGAGCACUUCGAGGUUCAUGCGCCAGAGCCGCAUAUUUUGCUGUUCCGAAGAGAUAAGGCGCCACAAGAUACUGCGAUGGCCACUGGCAAGGCUGGCAAGCGAUAGACGUCUUCAUUCUGUUGUGAGGCUCUCGGCACACCCUCAAUGUAAUGUGUACACCAUCUUCCGACGACUUGCUCGCGAGC